AGCGCCGCACGGCCGGGCGGACGAACCGGCGGAGUGGCCCGGGUCCGCCAUGGCUGAGGCGUCCAGGUGGCACCGAGGCGGGGCUUCGAAACAUACGCUGCAUUACAGAAAGGAAGUAGAAAUUAGAACCACACUUCAGGAGUUAUUACUCUACUUUAUUUUUUUAAUAAACCUAUGUAUAUUGACUUUUGGGAUGGUAAACCCACACAUGUAUUACUUAAACAAGGUUAUGUCAUCUCUAUUUUUGGACACUUCUGUGCCUGGUGAAGAAAGGACCAACUUUAAGUCUAUUCGCAGCAUAACUGAUUUUUGGAAGUUUAUGGAAGGACCCUUUUUGGAAGGUCUGUACUGGGACUCAUGGUACAAUAACCAGAAGCUAUAUAAUUUAAAAAAUAGCAGUCGCAUCUACUAUGAGAACAUACUUCUAGGAGUCCCCAGAGUCCGUCAACUAAAAGUCCGUAACAACACAUGCAAGGUCUACUCAUCCUUUCAGUCCUUGAUGAAUGAGUGUUAUGGCAAAUAUACUUCUGCAAAUGAAGACCUGUCUGAUUUUGGCCUUAAACAUGAUACUGAAUGGAAGUACUCUACUUCUAAUACCAACUCCCCUUGGCACUGGGGAUUUUUUGGUGUUUACCGAAAAGGGGGAUAUAUUUUUACUUUAUCAAAAUCAAAAUCUGAAACCAAAAACAAGUUCAUUGACCUUCGACUCAACAGUUGGAUCACAAGAGGGACCAGAGUUAUUUUUAUUGAUUUUUCCUUAUACAAUGCUAAUGUUAACCUGUUUUGUAUCAUCAGAUUGGUGGCAGAAUUUCCUGCAACUGGAGGAAUACUUACUUCAUGGCAGUUUUACUCUGUGAAGCUCCUCAGAUAUGUUAGCUACUAUGAUUAUUUUAUUGCUUCCUGUGAAAUCACAUUUUGUAUUUUUCUUUUUGUCUUCACAACACAAGAAGUCAAAAAAAUAAAAGAAUUUAAGUCUGCCUAUUUCAAAAGUAUUUGGAACUGGCUAGAAUUACUACUUUUGCUGUUGUGUUUUGUGGCUGUUGCCUUCAACACAUACUGUAAUAUACAAAUUUUUCUCUUACUUGGACAUCUGUUGAAAAGUACUGAAAAAUAUUCAGACUUCUAUUUUCUUGCAUACUGGCACAUUUACUACAACAAUAUAAUUGCUAUUACCAUCUUCUUUGCAUGGAUAAAGAUAUUCAAAUUCAUAAGCUUUAAUAAAACAAUGUCUCAGCUGUCAUCAACUUUGUCCCGCUGUAUCAAAGACAUAGUAGGAUUUGCCAUCAUGUUUUUCGUAAUAUUCUUUGCUUAUGCCCAGUUAGGAUUUCUUGUUUUUGGAUCACAGGUUGACGACUUUUCCACUUUUCAAAAUGCCAUAUUUGCACAAUUUCGAAUUGUUCUUGGAGAUUUUAAUUUUGCUGGUAUUCAGCAAGCCAAUCGGAUCUUGGGACCCAUUUACUUCAUCACUUUCAUCUUUUUUGUGUUCUUUGUACUGCUGAACAUGUUCUUGGCAAUAAUUAAUGAUACCUAUUCUGAAGUGAAAGCUGAUUAUUCAAUAGGCAGAAGGCCAGACUUUGAACUUGGUGAAAUGAUUAAAAAGAGUUAUACAAACGCUCUUGAGAAACUCAAACUGAAGAAAGCUCAAACAGAUGAAGACAAGAAAACAAGCAAAAGGAGAGAUUUGGCUGAACAAGCUAGAAGAGAAGGCUUUGAUGAAAAUGAGAUUCAAAGGGCAGAGAAGAUGAAAACAUGGAAAGAGAGGCUUGAGAAAAAGUAUUAUUCCACAGAAAUUCAAGAUGACUACCAGCCUGUCACUCAGCAAGAAUUUGGAGAACUCUUUUUAUAUGCUGUGGAGCUGGAGAAAGAAUUACACUACAUCAAUUCGAAACUAAACCGAGUAAUGAGAAAGCUCUCGGCUCUAGGACAAUGA